AUGGGCAUUGAUAGGUUAAUCAAUACCCCCAACCUGCUUCUAUCUUUCCCUAGUGGAGCAGAGCUUAGUAGAGGUGGUGUUCCUGGACGUAAUGGUGAGGUUGUCUGCCCAGGGAAGUUAGGCUGCUGUCAUGAUGAGUCUCAGCACUUUGCAAGUUUACAGAACGGAUAUAACUUAAUAGCCAUAUUUACUGUGGCCUUUUGUCCCAAUUUGUGUCUGGAAAUUAUUUGUUCACAUACUCACUCAUAUGAGCUCUGCAUCCAUUUUCACUGUGUGUUGGAGCUUCUUACACUCACAGUUCUUGAACACCAGCAGAGUAUUUGGCCAUUUGUGAUAAUAAUAAAUGUCUCAAGAGAUUCCCGUAUCAACUUGCACAUUCAAAUUUUGCUUCUUGAUUCACAGAACCAACUUUCCUACUUUAAUCACAGGAACCUGGAAAACCAGAGCACUGAAGUCACUUUCAUUCUCUUGGGAUUCUCAGAAUACCCAGACCUCCAGCUGCCCCUGUUCCUCUUAUUCCUGACCAUCUACACAGUCACUGUGCUGGGGAACCUGGGCAUGAUACUGAUUAUCAGGAUCAACCCCAAACUCCACGUCCCAAUGUACUUCUUCCUCAGUCAUUUGUCCUUCCUUGAUUUCUGUUACUCUACAGUGGUUACACCCAAACUGCUAGAAAACCUGGUUGUCGAAGACAGAACCAUCUCCUUCUCAGGAUGCAUCUCUCAGUUCUGUUUUCAGUGCAUAUUUGUGGUGGCUGAAACAUUCAUGUUGGCAGUGAUGGCCUAUGACAGGUUUGUAGCAGUCUGUAACCCCCUGCUCUACACCACUCCAAUGUCCUUCAGGCUCUGCUCCUUGCUGGUGGGGGCAUCAUACUCUUGGGGUUUAAUUUGCUCUGGGACCCUUACCUAUUUACUAGUGGAAUCAUCCUACAGAGGAAAAAAUAUCAUAAGAAAUUUUGUCUGUGAACAUGCAGCCAUUGCCUCUGUGUCCUACUCUGACCCUUACAUUAGCCAGCAGACUAUUUUAGUCCUUGCUACCUUCAAUGAAAUCAGCACCCUCAUGAUCAUUCUGACUUCUUAUGUGUUCAUUUUCAUCACUGUUAUGAAGAUGCCUUCAACUGGUGGCCGCCGCAAAGCCUUCUCCACAUGUGCUUCUCACCUGACAGCUCACCUGACAGCUAUCACCAUCUUCCAUGGGACCAUUCUUUUCCUCUACUGUGUUCCUAAUUCUAAGAAUUCAUGGCUCAUGGUCAUGGUGGGCUCUGUGUUUUAUAAUGUAGUCAUCCCCAUGCUGAAUCCUCUGAUCUACAGCCUUAGGAAUAAAGAUGUCAAAGAAACUGUCAGGAAGUUAGUUGAUACGACUUUAGUGAUGAAAUGUAGAGGUAGAAAAAAAAUAAGGACUUCUUCGUGAGUAUCAUUAAGAUAUUCCAUAGAAAUCAGUAAA